AUGCAGUUUAGGUUUCAUUUGACAUCGGAUGCUGCGGAGUAUUGCACACGCGCAUCAAAUACCAUUCAAGAUGCCAAGAAACAGAAUCUCAACCCAUUUGCUUCUUCUGUUGGCAUGGUAUUAGCUGACUUCAAACAACUCAACACAAUCGAGGAUGUGAUGGCUAUUACCCUCUUUCUCAUGAUACAACACGAUCUCGAGCCUGAUUGUGUAGCCAAAAUUCUGAGAAGCUCCAUAUCUGAGGACCUUCAAGAUAUAUCCUCCGUGUCCAGUAUCGUCCGUCUUUACAACCAGGAACAAGAAUUUCAAACACAUUCUUUAGAAGACUUUCUACAUAUAUGGUUGCAAUCCGUUCCCAAAUUGUCGUCACUCAAAACGACUCCUUCACCUUCAUUUCCACAUCAACUUCCACAACUUGCACUUCCACAACUUGCAUUUCCACAUCAACUUGCAUUUCCACAUCAACUUGCACAUCAACUUCCACAUCAACUUGCAUUUCCACAUCAACCUGCACAUCAACUUCCACAACUUGCAUUUCCACAUCAACUUACAGGAAAGGUCACUCAUUACACUGAGGGUGAUAUUCCUGUUCCACAAACACAUACGUGUGAUGAUACAAAGGGAUACUUGGCUCGUUACCAACGCUUUUUUGGGAAGAACUUAGAUCUGGUUCCGCACGAGUACGAGGAACAUCCUGACUUGUGGUUCCCAAUCGAUCAUGACUCCAAUCUCAAGUCCCUCAGCGGUCUACUAGCAGUUAUACCACCUGAAGUACAAACUCUUAUAAACAUUCAGCCCCUGCCUGGAUAUCUCGGCAAAUCCAUCACGAUUGAUAGAUGCGCUUUUCUAACAACAUGCAAUUUACAACUGGAAAAUGAUAUACACUUUCCUAAAAAGGAGUUAUUGACCGAUAUCAUACGCAGAACAAGUUUAAGCUUCUUGGAAGACAUGAUGGAAUUGGACAGAGGAGUCACUACAACAGAUAUGACUCUUGCUUACCUUCAGACUUUCUUCAAUUGUGAUGUUUUUUAUACUAAUUAUAGGAUUAGAGACACAGUAAUGUACUCUGGAAUGUUGAGAGGGAUUUGGGCAGGGCCAAAUGGUACGGUAUUCUUGGAUAUCAAGGGCAGAUUUUUCCACGGACAAUGGCACCAGCUAUAUGAUUUUAAAAAUGGUUGGAAUCUUCAGGACUCUACGAAUCAACAUUGA